CUAGUCUAAUAAAAUAAUAAAGUUUCGUUUUUAGCAUAUAGGACUAAAGAAAAAUAAAAUGAAAAAACAAAAUAACUUCUCAUGCGAAAAGGAACAAAAACGAAGGGGCCUCGUACGGACAAUGAUAACUUUGCCUUUUAGCUUUUGCACUCGCUCUCGCUCUCACUCCCGCGACUGUUCGGGAAUUCAUCUGUAAAACCCUAGACAGCGAGCUACAACAGCAGUGAUAGAACCGGAAAGUCGCCGAUCGGAUUCUCGGUUCAUCGCCUUCUUCUUCGAGAAGAUUCUAGGAGAUCAGUAGGCAAUGGAGACGCUAGUGGCUCAACAAGUUCCAGCUGCAACUUGCACUCCUGAUAUUGUCGGAAAUGCAUUUGUUCAUCAGUAUUAUCACAUAUUGCAUCAAUCCCCUGAGCAUGUUCACAGGUUUUAUCAGGAUAUUAGCAAGUUAGGCCGGCCUGAAGAGAACGGUAUAAUGGGCAUCACAUCGACCUUACAAGAUAUUGACAAGAAGAUAUUGUCACUUGGUUAUGGAGUAAUCGGUGCGGAGAUAACAACGGUGGACACUCAAGAAUCUCACAGUGGAGGGGUUCUCGUACUGGUGACUGGGUAUCUAACUGAAAAGGACAACAUCAGGAGGAAGUUUACACAAACUUUCUUCCUUGCUCCACAGGAGAAAGGCUACUUUGUAUUGAAUGAUAUGUUUCGAUAUGUUGAAGAGGCCUCUGUGUCACUUGGAUAUCAGAUAUCUGUGAAUGACAUCCAAGCUCCUCUUAACCCUGACCAGGAUCCAUCUGUUGUUCAAGACACUCAAGAGAAAGAUUUGGGAGGUAAUCUUGCCGUCGAGCAGCAAGGUGUGUUAUCAAAUGGUGUUAAUAAUGGGCCUGCGGUGUUCAUUCACAUAGAGGAUGAGCAUGUAUCAACUGUGGAAGAAGUCCCGGCGCCUGAGAUAGUUCAUGAAGCUCCUAACGAUCUACAGAAGGUUGAGGAAUCUGAUUCUCAGGCUGAAGAUGUACCAAAGCUAUCUUACGCAUCCAUUGUGAAAGUUAUGAAAGAGAAUGCUGCUCCAAUUUCUCCUUCUAGACCCCCGGCAAAGAUGGAACCGAAGAAGCAAGAACAGCUAGUCACUCCUGCUCCUCCUCCAGCCCCACUGUCAGAGAAACCAGAUCAUGUAACAAAUGGAAAUGAUCAAGAUGCUGAAGGUCCAUCCGUCUACGUAAAGGGCCUACCGCUUGAUGCGACACCGGCCUUGCUUGAGAACGAGUUCAAGAGGUUUGGAGUAAUUAGGAGCAAUGGAAUCCAAGUGAGAAGCCAAAAGGGUUUCUGUUUCGGUUUCGUGGAAUUCGAAUCCGCAAGUUCCGUGCAAAGUGCACUCGAGGCAUCUCCAAUCAUGCUUAAUGGGAACAGAGUAGUUGUUGAGGAGAAGCGAUCCACCUCAAGAGGGAAUGGGAGGGGACGAUCGGCAAGUGGGGGAGUAGGGAUGGGACAGAGAAGCAAUAGGGGAAGCUAUGGAGGGGGGAGAGGAGGAGGAGAGUUCAAUAACAAUGGUGGUGGGAGGUAUGAGUUAAGCAGCAGCAGGGGAAACAAUAGGGGAGGAAACCGUGGUGGGAAUGAAAGGUUUCAAAGGUUUAACAAUGGCGGUGGCGGUGGUGGGCGUGUAAAACGUGAUCACGACGUUACUAAAUCCGUGACUGCAACUGCGUAAAAAGGGCAUGAGGUUUUGGUAAGUCUUUUAAAGAUUAUUUCCGGUGGUGGGGGGAGAGAUAGAUUGAUUGUUUUAGAGAGAGUUUAGAUCUUAAUAUUCCCUCGAGUCUUCAUAUUGUUGUCUUUUUUUUUUUUUUGGUUCUAUCAGUUUCGCCUUUUUUGUUAUUUUGUGGGGGUGAGACGUGAGGGACUUGGCGGCGUUUUUUUUUUUGGUUGGUUUAAUUCGUGAUUGAUUUGGAGCUCGUGGUUUUAGGGUUAAGCCUUAUUCCCUUUUUUGAAUCUUAGAUUUUGGAAUGUAAGACUGGCUAUUUUCCUUUCGCCAGAUGUAUUUAAAAUGUUGGUCGUUGAAUUAUUAUGUUUGACUUGGGUGUUUAUA